CGAGAGGAGGAGGAGGAGGAGGAGGAGAGGGCGCGAUGUCGUCGGAGUACGAGGCCGCCCAGCGGGGUCCUCUGCGCCUGAAGGGCGGCGCCGGAGUGGCGCCCGCGGGGAAGCGGAAGAAGAAGAAAGACAAGGAGAAGAGUAAGAUCGUGGACCAGAUUGUGAGCAGCAAGAAUCAGGAGGAGGAAGAGGAGGAGGAGAAGCGGGCCCUGGACAAGCGCACCCCGGCGCAGCUGGCCUUCGAGAAGAUGCAGGAGAAGCGGAAAAUAGAACGGAUCCUGAAGAAAGCCUCCAAGACGCACAAGCAGAGAGUCGAGGAUUUUAAUCGGCACCUGGACACUUUAACAGAACAUUAUGACAUCCCAAAAGUCAGCUGGACUAAAUGAGCGUUUAUUUUAUCCCCCCACCCCCCUUCUGAUGCAGAAGUCAGCGGAUGGCUUAGAGGCUCCAGACUGGAGGUCUUUUUUGGCCCCACGCCGUGCUUGUUGUCUAUACCUUGUUCCUGAUUCAGCUCUUCUUUUUAAGAGAGAUGCGCUGUUUGCCUCCUUAACGUGCUUCAUGUAAAUGGAAGCUGUUCAGCUAUCCUGUUCGGUUGUAUUUUAAAACUAAGUUUUAAAUAGCUAAUUAUAGACAAACGAAGGACAAAUGUGAAA